CACACACACACACACUCCUCCCUCCCCCCUUUUCUUGCGUUUCUCACUCUUGAAAACUGCCAUUGGGUAGGAAGUUGGGUGACACUCCGUCUGCGAUACAAAUCUUCAGAUGCCGCUUAAACGCUCUGCAGAUCGCCCGAUGUUGGUGUGAUAACAACCAGAGACGAUGAAAAGGUUAAUUAAGAUGGCUGAUUUUGCAGUUCACACGUGUGGAAUAUUUUUGGAUUACAGCAGAAAGACUUGUUUUCUCCCCUGGGACUAGAAUCGGUGUUGUGGGUGACCGUCUCCUCUGCCAACAGCCUGCAGCUUUCAGUCCUUUUUUCCACACUUUGCUGAGAUGAUUACGUUCUUUUACAUCGUGAUUGAAGUAGUGAUCGCUGUUCUUUCCGUUUUCGGCAACGUACUGGUGUGCUGGGCUGUUGCGAUCAACACCACUCUGAAGAACGCCACCAACUAUUUUCUGGUGUCUCUGGCUGUGGCUGAUAUUCUUGUCGGUUGCCUCGCCAUCCCCUUUGCCAUAACCAUCAGCAUCGGCAUACCCCUGGACUUUUAUGGAUGUCUCUUUCUUGCCUGUUUUGUCCUGGUGCUCACUCAGAGCUCCAUCUUUAGUCUUCUGGCUAUUGCAAUUGAUAGAUAUCUAGCCGUCAAAAUCCCUCUGAGGUACAAGGAGCUGAUGACGGGUAAAACUGCCAGAGAGAUCAUUGCUAUUUUAUGGAUUCUCUCCUUUAUUAUUGGCCUCAUCCCAUUCUUUGGAUGGAACUUGAAGUCUAAGAAAUGUAACAGCUCUGAGACAAGCAGCACUAUGAACGCUAGCAUCACAGCAGCGCCGAGUGCCAUGGGGGACUUGCCACGGAGCUGCAAGCUCACGUGCUUGUUUGAGAGCGUGGUAGACAUGCAUUACAUGGUGUACUUUAAUUUCUUUGUCUGCGUGCUGCUGCCACUGCUCAUCAUGCUGGGCAUCUACCUGAAGAUAUUCAACGUGGCCAGAAAGCAGCUGAGGCAGAUCGAGCUGAAGUGCGUGGGCAACGGCGACAGCCAAAAUCAUGGGUUGCUGCAGAAGGAAAUCAGAGCUGCCAAAUCCCUCUCCAUCAUCGUGGGACUGUUUGCCAUUUGCUGGCUGCCUGUCCACAUCCUUAACUGUGUCACGCUGUUUUACCAGAAGCUACAGCUGGAGGUUGUCAUGUACGUGGCCAUCAUUCUGUCUCACGCCAACUCUGCAGUAAACCCCAUCAUCUACGCUUACCGAAUCAGGGACUUUAGGGUCACAUUCCGCAAGAUCCUGAGCCCCUUUACAUGCAAAAAGGAGAAGUCCCUCAGCUCCAAUGGCAGCAAACGCAACAAAGACCAAAUCAACAUGACCAUCGACCCUCUGCUAUAGGGAACCGUACAGAACGAGUAUUAUCUGUGUCAACUGUUGUUUUAGUCUUGAUUUUCCCAGAGUUUUCUAAUGUUUACAGAACAAUGGUAUGAUGUGUGAAGAUGUCAAACGCGCCUUGAAUGUGGACAUUUAUUUAUCAACAGUGCAAAGUAUCAGGGGUCAAGCAAUGACAUGUUUCAUAGCAAGUCUUACAAAUCUUUUCUAUUGUGAAGGAUACGUAUAUGUAUAUACAUAUACAUAUAUGUGAAGAUGUUAAAGCUAACUAGAUUUGUUGGACUGUGAAUGGGAUCCAAACUAAAAAAAAAAAAAAUUACUGCUUAUCUUGAAUCCAACAUAAUGUUACAACUGCAAACACUCCUCUUUACUGCCAUUAUAUUUUAUAUUGUCAACAUUUAGUGCCAGAGUUUAACUUAUUUAUUACAAAAAAACAAAACAAAAACAUCUUUGAGAAUGUAAAGACAAAACAACAAAAACAACUUUGUGUGGCUACAUCUGUACUUGUGGACCUAAAAGGUACAGUAGCAGUCUAUGUCCGUGGUUACUUUUGGCUUGUGAACCUUUAAAAGUUGAACUCACACUCUUGCUUAUCACACCUUAGUAUGCAGACAGAUUGUUUUUAUAGUUUUUAUUUAAUUAUAGGAGGAGCUAAAAAACUUUCAUAUCAAUUCAAAAUUAGAGUCAGAUAACAAAUAUAACACCUGUAUGUAGCAGAAAUGUUCUCAAUGUUGUCUGCUGCUUUACAACUCAACUAAGUGCCAGUGUUUGCAGGUGUUCGCGUGCAUGCGUGCGUGCGUGCGUGCGUGCGUGCAAGCAGAAGAGCUCAGCAGGGAUGAGAUGGAAGAAAAAUGCACUUUUCUGCUUUGUCGAAGUUAUGGUUACUGGUUUUUUUUUUGUUUUUUUGUUUUUUAAAAACAGGGAGAAAUGGAGAAAUUAAAACAAAAUUUUUUUUCUUCCACAUGAAUCACGUUUCAUAGCUACAGGGGUUUUUUGGGUAGGGGGGUGGGGGGGGGGGGCAAAUUUAGCUAGACUCCAGUGGCUAUGAUACUGAGUAAGCACUUUCUGGCUCCUACAAGUAGUAGUUAGGGGACCACUUGGAAUUACCAGGAUUUCUGCAUUGAUUACUUGUGGGGUUUAGUUUCUGUAGUCAAAGUGAAAAUUCCAGAUGAACACACUGAGGUUACUAAUGUCCAUAGACCCUUGGCCCAUAAGUGUUAUUGGAUACCCAAGUGGUCUGGUGUUUGAUAUCCAUUAUCAUUCUUACUCAAUGUUUUUUUGCUACAGUGACACAUGAAGAAAUGUUUUAGAAACUUUGAUUUGGUGUUACUCCCAGUUUCUUCAUUUUUUUCUGCAGGGAAGAGACGAGCAACACUUUGGAAUUUCCUGUGCAUAUCUGUGAGACUUUUUUUGAUUGAAAAUCCACAAAAAAGAGAUUCAAAGUCCUAUAACCCACACCCUCUCAUCUCCUUAACUGGAGAACCUUUGUCUUCAAGUAACUUUUGGAGUAGUUGUGAGCACAGAAGUGCAGUUAGGUUUUCCGCCCUGGCACUGUGAGCGAUUACUCUGUUCUGUUGAAAGUACAGCCAUUUCUCUGUAACCACUUUAUUCAGAUUCUGUGCAUCUAUAUUUGUGACUUAGAUAAAGAUCAGACCAUAUUUCAUGGAGAAUCGAUGUAGAAAUCCUUGUAAUUCCAAAGGAUUCACCAACUUUGUCUUGCAGCUGCAGAAAAAUAGCACAAUUUGAUUUGAGGCAGACCCAUUAAUAUGAUGCAGAUCGGCACAACACACGUGUGGUUGUGCUCCGCAUGAUUUACAUUUUCAAAUGCUCAGGAAGAGGAAAAACUGAUUGCACCCUUCAUGGAAACAUUGCAUCUGUACAAAGCUGCUUUCUAUUGAGCCACAUGAUGACAUACUGUAGAUACUGUAGCAGACCUGAAAGCCAAGUCAAACUUGAUUCUUCAGAUCAUUGCAAUUUGAUUUAUUAUUCUGUAUCCAAGCACUUAAAGGCAUAAAGCAUCACUGCUUUGAUUUAUUUGGGAAUAAAUGAAUGUGACUCGUCUCAGGAGUACAGCUGACAACGCCCUCCACCACAUAGACAGUCUCAGCUGGAAUCCCGAGGCCCUGUUAGUGAAGCCGGUCAUCAAGACUGCACCGACAUUAGCUUUUUAAUUUAAGUAAACAUGGCCAUUUUAACUGAGCUCUCAAACCAAUGACCGAGUCUAACUGAAGUCAAAAAAAAGAAAAAAGGAUGGGGUAACACUAGAGAAAUAAUGUGUUACACACUCUCAGUGGUGCUCAUAGUGCAGCAAACCUCACAGAAGUGUUGCUGUAACUUUCAAAGCUCAGCAUAUGCAAGAGCAUGUAAGAUUAUCCAGAGCACAGCGGUUUUGUGAAAAUGUGCAGGUGUUUUGGUCAACAGAGACCCAUCACUACACAAAUGAGAGCUUUGCACUGACAUUUCUGAUCAUUUCCUGUUAGCUGUGCUUCACUGGUGGCGUCGAACCACGUUGUGUUGGUGUUAAAACAAGUGCAGCGUCUGCCUCCAGUGCUUCAUUAUCUCCCCCACUUCAUUUGCUUUUGUGUGCAGUGAUCCACCUCUGACUAAAUUCAAGGGCUAAAAUACAGGAGUGUGCAGCAUUUAGUACAUUCCAAUGGAGACAUCUACACUGUAAAUGCACUGUAACGUUGUAUUACCAUCUAUGUUGACUGAUGUGUUAAAAAAAAAAAAAAA